AUGAUGGAUAUCUUCAAUCGCCCACCGUCUAUUGCGGAAGACACGCUUCACUACACGAUCUAUCCCCCACCUGGGAGUACGGAUAAAGCCGCGGCGACGACGUUCGCGGCGUGUAUACAGGAGCUCGUCGACCAACUACUUCCAGACUACUUCCUAUGGCACAGGGAUCCGUUUGAGGUCAAAGUUGCUGCGAAUCCCGAUGUCUCGGGGAGCUGGAUGCUGGAGGGGCGCAUGCGCGUCGGGGACAGCGUCGACGACGAAUGGUGCACCGUCUGGCUGCUUCGCGAGAUCACCGCGAGAUGGGAUGUGGCCAUUAGUGUCUAUGACUCUGACGGAGAGUUCCUUCUCAUUGAGGCCGCUGAGGCGCUACCUGCGUGGGUCAAGCCCUCUAACACCGAGAACAGGGUCUGGCUCUACGAAUCCCAUCUCCACUUCAUCCCCCUCGCACACGUCUCCCCACCUUCCAAACACCGCCGCAGGCGCAAGCUCCCUGGCGCCCCCGACAGCGACGACGAAGGCGACCUAAACACCGGUCUCGAAGAAGACGACUGGAUUGCCGUCGACGACGCCCUCGCUACCCUCAGAGAUCCCGCUCUCGAUACGCUCGCCCCUCCUGAGGUAGAAAGCAUCGUCUGGCAGCGAAUAUCAGGGUAUCCAGCCGCAUUUCGACAGCAUGUGCAGUUUACGAAGGCCUAUCUGCCUCAAGAUGUAGCGCGUGCGCUCGCGGUGAACCCGGUGUUGGUUCAGCGCGCAGUGGAGACGUUCUAUACGCGUGAUGCGAUACAGUUGCGAUACGCGCACAAGAUGGCACGGUUCCCGCCUCAAACCUCCGUCAUGACGACCGUUCGGAUGACACGGACAGCCUACGCCCAGCUUGUCGGUCAGCAGUUCUUCCCUCCGAAGGUGUUUGGACAAUGGAAAGAGCCAGAAGGCAGCAACGAGCUGAGGUGGAAGGACGUUGGGAUGAAGAUCGCAGUCGGCUUUGAGAUCCUCUUCCAGGAGAGCAAAGCGCGCUUGAACCACGUCAAGCAGAAGGGCGAGACAUCACUUGAAGCUAGCAAGGAUGCACUGCGUCGCACGCCGGACUACGUCAAGUACAUUCAGAACUUGACGUCUGCUGGAUACUUCAGAGGCGAGCUUGAGGGAUCGCAGCUGUGGAAGGACUUGGAAAGCAAAGCAGCUGCUGUUUACCUGGAAGCGCGACGCGAUGAUGCUGCUGGCCGCCAGUCAUUCGCAGAACAGGUUCAAGCGGCGCUGGAAGCGGCUCCGGAGGGUGCUGUCCCUAGCGCCGAUGCACCGGAGGACAGCGACGACUGGCUGAAUGUCAACGCAGAUAGCUUUGAUGCAAUGCUGGAGGAGCGCAUGGGCAAGCCGUCACAGCAGAUGAAAGAUCCGAAUGCCAUGGAUGUCGACCCGAAGGACGGCCAGGCAGCCCAGCAGAAAGCCAUGGAAGACAAGGUCGCAAAUGACGAGGCGAAGAAGCUGCAGGACUUGGCAAACAAGGUCGAGAACUUUGUGGAGGGCGAAGGUGAUCUCGAGGGUGCUCGCUUCGAAGACGAAGCAUUCUCGGAUGAGGACUUCGACGACAACGACUCGGACGAGGAGAUGCCACCCGACCCUCGUUCCGCAGAAGAGAAGCGCGCCUUCAUGGAUAACCUCGUUGCACCGCUCGAGCAAGCCGACUACGGCAAGAUGCCCGCCUCUUUCCACGCCAACUCCCAACGCGUCGCCCCCAACAAAGAAGACUCACCUGAAGAAAUCCAAACCGAGGGCGCCGCCCAGGCGAAGGCAUCCGAGAAGAAGGUCCCCGAACGCGUCCCGCGUCCGCCAAUCAUCAUGCGUAACACCUAUGAGGGUGUUGACUCAGAUGACGAGACGGACUCGGAUGAGGAUAUGCGUCCGGAUUCUGAGGACGAGGAAGACCAGCCGCAGGUGGUGGGCGAUGUGGAGAUUGAUAUGGGCGAGGAGGAGGAUGAGUUCCUCGAGUUCGCGCGGAAUGCUUUGGGGAUUUCGGGCGAGCAUUGGGAUAGUAUCAUCGAGGAUAGGAAAGCAAGAGGAGCCUUCGUUCCUUCAAGCGAAAAGUCGAAGACUGCGCGCAAGGAGAAACGCGAAGACGUUCCUCGCAAUGUCCCAGAAGGCCACGAACCACGCCAGCCUGAGCCCGGCCCUCGACCCAACACCAACCCGAACCUCGACUCGUUCGAAGCCGUCAUGCAAGCGAUGGACGCCGAACUGGCCAAGAAGCGCACCGCACAGGGCGCCAAGCCGCCGCCAACUACGGAGGACCUGGCUCAGAAGGCCAAGGAGAAGGGCAAGGCGCGAGCGGAUGCCACUAUGGCGAGCGAGAGCCAACCACCGCCACGCGAUAAAGGCAAGGGCAAAGCGAAGGCUGUCGAGUCGGAGGACGAGGACGAGAAUAUCGAGGCGGAGAUGGACGCGGAGCUCAAGGCGUUGUUGGAGAGCGCGGAGGGCGAGGAAGGGGAGAACAUGCCGAUGGACUACAAUCUGAUCAAGAACUUCUUGGAAAGCUUCAAGAACCAGGCGGGGCUGUCGGGGCCAGUGAGCAAUCUGGCGGGGAGAUUGCAGCCUGGGUGGAAGCUACCAAGAGACGAGGCGUAG